CUGGCGCGAAGAAAGUGCUGCAAUGAUCCAUGGCUGGAAUUGCAAAAGCAUUGCGGGUCCCUUGGAGGAAUUCCUCUUUUCGUCUGCCAUCCCAGAAAAACCAUGACACUGAAAGAUACCUGAAGCCAGCUGCCAAACAUUAAGUGCCCAAGAACAGUGGUAUUUACUAAACUAUGGAGGUGUCGAUUCUCAUGUGCUUCAUGAUUGUGCUAUGUAGCACCAGGAGCUUCCACUCGCAAGCCCAACAACAGGUAUGUUCUUCGUUAAGCGACUGCCCGAAUGGAUCUCUUUGUUUCCCGGAGCCCAUGCUCAGCGGCAACCGUUCACUCCGCAAUUCAUCCUGCUACCUAUCGAACAAUCAAUCCGAGCCAUAUCUCAGCGAUUCUGAAGCUUGCAAGCCCAUCUCCAGCGUCAUUUUCAAUGCCACCAUCGGUCCAGACUGCCCGAAUUGCUGCGUCCCAGGCCUGGCUUACAGGUAUUUCACCUGCUCUCCAAAUUUACAAGGGACCAACAAUGCCGUCCUCUAUGUCACAAGCUUCAACCUCUCAAAUCCGGGGUCUCUCAGGCCGUGCACGUCCUCGGAAUGGAAUAGGGAACCCAUGGCAGCGCUGGCCACUGGAUGGUAUAGCCAAGACCGAAGCUUGUGCUCGAAAAACAUCCAAGUUUUAGCUCCAAACGGACGGACUGCGGUGGCUAGAAUGGUGGCUGAAUGCUACUCCCCAGACGGGUGUCUCAGGGAUCAUUCGUUCACGGAGCCCUGUGCUCCAAACGCUGUGGCUGCGAACGAGCAAGUGUGGAGGCAGCUUGGGUAUGAUCCAGGCAUUGGAAUCUUGAGAAAUAUCACCUGGAAUGUCAUUGAUAUGAAUCUUCCACAGUCCAUUCGAAGCAAAAAGAAUUAUCUGGGAGUGAUCUCUGGGGUAGCAAGCGCUGUGGCCGGGGUGGUGCUUAGCGUCGUAAUCUUCGUAGCAACCAGGAAGUGGAGAAGAUCUCGGAGGAGGCGCAUGGAAAAGCAAGCGCUCAUCGAAGGAAUGAGGCUCGAUGAGAUACUUCCGCACCAGUUUAGCUAUCACGACUUGAAGAUGGCAACUAGAAACUUUGAUCCCGAGCUCAUGCUUGGAGCUGGAGGAUUUGGAUCCGUCUUCAAAGGAGAGCUUGCGGAUGGGAGCCUCGUUGCUGUGAAGAAGAUGGACGUAGAGAUCCAAGGCUCGUCGAAAGGACACUCGCAGUUCAAGGCCGAGGUAAUGUCCAUUGGCAGCAUUCACCACUUCAACCUGGUAAAGCUCCGGGGAUUUUGCAUCCAGGGACCAGCUGCAUUGCUUGUCUACGAGUUCAUGCCCAAUGGAUCACUGGACAAGUGGAUCUUCACCAAGAACGAUGAUGACAAAGGUGGCGGAUCAGCAAAUCUGCUGUUAAACUGGAACCAGAGACACUCAAUCGCGAUAGAUGUUGCUCGAGGACUCACAUACCUCCAUGAAGGAUGCCGGGAGCAAGUUCUUCACCUGGAUAUCAAACCUCAAAACAUCCUCCUGGACGAGAACUUACGAGCCAGAAUCUCCGACUUUGGCCUGAGCAAGCUCGCCGAGCGGGGAAAGAGCCAAGUGGUGACUGUCAUGCGAGGAACUCCCGGAUACAUGGCACCCGAGUGGCUCCACACUAAAGUCACGGACAAGACCGACGUUUACAGCUUUGGAAUCGUGCUGCUCGAGCUCGUCAGCUCCAAGCGGACCAUCCAGUUCCAUCCUCCAUCCUCCUCUUCCUCCUCAUCCUCCUCGCAACCGCGCUUCCUGGGCGAAACCGCGCUGAGCAUGUUUCACAGUGGCAACGUCGUCGAGCUUAUUGACGACAAGCUCCUGGACGAUGAUCUCGCCAGCACUAGCACUGGCUUGGAGCUCAAGGAUGCCGAGAGGUACGUGAAAAUCGGACUGUGGUGCAUCCAACUCGAGGCAGCAAUCCGCCCCUCCAUGAGAAACGUCCUGGAUAUGCUUGAAGGUAACAUAGACGUUCUUGACUUGCCACCACCUUCAAGUGAUGGUAGCUCCAGAAGCUUCAGCUUGCGACUACCUGGAUCCUACUUCAGCUCCACUCGUCUGUGAUGUUACCCUCUAGUUCUCACAGUGAGACCAUGAUCAUCAAGACCAAGAUAGAGUCUCGCAAGUGUUGACGUUAUAUUGACAGAGGGAAGUCACCUUCUUCCAAGUUUUUCUACUUCUAGCCAGCGGGAACGAGGAAGCAUACCUGGAGACAAUAUACAUUUCAAAGAAUCAAGGGUCUUCGUCCGCACCACCAUCAGCCUCAUAAAAUCUGAAGUUGGGUUCUACCUUCAUUGCCCAUGGCCAGCAAUGACUUACUAAAAACCUGUGAUCCAAAUCUCCUGCCUCAGUAAGAGAAAUGAAAGUACGAAGUGCCGGGUUACCUUCUCAAUGGGGAUUUCAUGUCGCUUGCACCAAGCGACUGUUCUUUGAGGAUCCUUGUAGUUGAUCUUUGACGUUCCCAGUGCCA